GGGAAGGCAUCAAACAAGAGAGAGAAGUGUUGCAGCGGAGACUGAGAGCGAGUUGCAGAGAAGGAGAAGCCAGCGAAACCCUAGAAAUAGUCUAUCUCUCCCUUUCCUCCUAUAAAUAGCGAAGGAUUUUAGAUGAAGAUGGAGAUUUUUGGGCUGUUUUGAGGUGGUAAGAAGCGGAAUCUUGAAGGAGGAGAUAAAGGAGAAAAAGAACCGUUUUCUCCUUUUGUCUAUUGUUUGAUAUUCAAAUCUUUGCGCUGGAGCGGUUAGGGAUACCGGGAACUAUGUCUUCCUUGAGUAGGGAACUGGUUUUCCUGAUUUUACAGUUCUUGGAUGAGGAGAAGUUCAAGGAAACUGUCCAUAAGUUGGAACAAGAAUCGGGCUUUUUCUUCAACAUGAAACAUUUCGAGGAUCAAGUUCAGGCAGGCGAAUGGGAUGAAGUGGAACGGUAUCUAUGCGGAUUCACAAAGGUUGAAGACAACCGUUACUCGAUGAAAAUAUUUUUUGAGAUAAGGAAGCAGAAAUAUCUCGAAGCCCUUGAUAGGCAUGACAGGGCCAAGGCUGUUGAAAUUCUUGUUAAGGAUCUUAAGGUGUUUGCAUCUUUCAACGAAGAACUCUUCAAGGAGAUCACCCAAUUACUUACUCUCGAGAACUUCAGGCAAAACGAGCAACUUUCCAAGUAUGGAGACACGAAAUCUGCUCGGAAUAUCAUGCUUUUGGAACUUAAAAAGCUCAUUGAAGCAAACCCAUUAUUCCGUGAUAAGCUUACAUUUCCGGCUUUCAAAGCUUCACGGCUGCGGACUUUGAUCAACCAGAGUCUCAAUUGGCAGCAUCAGCUUUGCAAGAAUCCUCGGCCCAACCCUGAUAUCAAAACACUUUUUACAGAUCACACAUGCAACCCUACCAAUGGAGCCCGUGCUCCACCUCCCAACAACAGCCCCCUUGUGGGAACCAUUCCCAAAGCUGGGGCAUUUCCUGCCAUUGGUAUUCAUAGUCCAUUUCAACCAGUUGUUUCUCCAUCAGCUAGUGCUAUUGCGGGAUGGAUGUCUAGCCCUAACCCUCCUUUACCCCAUGCUGCUGUGGCAGCAGGACCCCCUGGUCUUGUGCCGCCUCCUAAUGCAGCUGCAUUUUUGAAACACCCGAGGACUCCUACAAGUGCUCCUGGGAUGGAUUAUCAGUCAGUUGAUUCUGAGCACUUGAUGAGGAGGGUGCGUACAGGACAAUCUGAUGAGGUGUUGUUCUCUGGGGCAACACAUCCCCCCAAUAUCUAUUCACAAGAUGAUCUUCCCAAAACUGUUGUGCGGGCUCUUAACCAGGGCUCAAAUGUCAUGAGCAUGGACUUCCAUCCACAGCAGCAGACAAUUCUCCUAGUCGGAACAAAUGUUGGUGACAUUGGGAUAUGGGAAGUUGGUUCUCGAGAGAGGCUUGCACAUAAAACGUUUAAGGUUUGGGACAUCUCAUCUUGUUCAAUGCCGUUACAGACAGCAUUGAUGAAAGAUGUCACAAUUUCCGUCAAUCGAUGUAUAUGGGGCCCAAAUGGAUCAAUACUUGGUGUUGCAUUUUCCAAGCAUAUUGUUCAGAUAUAUACUUAUGGUCCGACGGGCGAGUUGAGACAACAUUUGGAGAUUGAUGCUCAUAUUGGUGGAGUUAAUGAUAUUGCUUUCUCUCAUCCCAACAAGCAACUCUGCAUAAUCACAUGCGGUGAUGACAAGACAAUUAAGGUUUGGGAUGCAGUAGCUGGAUGCAAGCAGUAUGUAUUUGAAGGUCACGAAGCACCUGUAUAUUCCGUUUGUCCUCAUCACAAAGAGGCUAUUCAGUUUAUUUUCUCUACUGCUAUUGAUGGGAAAAUUAAAGCAUGGCUCUAUGAUUUCUUGGGAUCAAGAGUUGAUUAUGAUGCUCCUGGACUCUGGUGCACCACUAUGGCAUAUAGUGCAGAUGGAUCUAGGCUCUUCUCUUGUGGAACAAGUAAGGAAGGGGACUCCCACUUAGUUGAGUGGAAUGAGAGUGAAGGAGCUAUCAAACGGACAUACUCUGGUUUUAGGAAGCGCUCCUUAGGCGUUGUCCAGUUUGACACAACAAGGAACCGCUUCUUAGCUGCUGGUGAUGAAUUUCAGAUUAAGUUUUGGGACAUGGAUAAUACCAAUAUAUUAACCACUACAGAUGCAGAUGGUGGAUUGCCGGCAAGUCCUAGGCUGAGAUUCAACAAAGAGGGCUCAUUGCUAGCAGUAACAACAAGUGACAAUGGAAUCAAGAUCUUGGCAAACACUGAUGGGCAACGCCUAAUUAGGAUACUGGAGAGCAGGACAUUUGAGGGGUCUCGAGGCCCUUCUGAGCAAAUCAACACAAAACUUCCAAUUGUUAAUGCACUGGGUUCUGUGACCAAUGUUUCUUCCCCGCUUGUUGCCAACCUCGACCGAAUCCCUCCACCGGUGUCUAUGAGUAGCCUACAGGUUACCAUGGAUAGCAACCGGACAGUGGAUGUUAAACCCAGAAUUGUGGAUGAUGUUGAUAAGAUAAAAAGCUGGAAACUGGCUGAUAUCGUUGACUCAGCUCAGCUCAAAGCUCUACGGUUGCCUGACCCCUUGACAACUGCAAAGGUUAUGCGACUGAUAUACACAAACUCUGGGCUGGCAGUAUUAGCACUUGCUUCCAAUGCCGUCCAUAGGCUGUGGAAAUGGCAGCGAACUGAUAGGAAUCCAUCUGGGAAGUCCACUGCAUCCAUCAUUCCUCAGUUGUGGCAACCUCCCAGUGGAACUCCUAUGACUAAUGACACAAGUGAAACCAACUCUGGCGAAGAUUCAGCUGCAUGUAUUGCUUUAUCUAAGAAUGAUUCGUAUGUCAUGUCUGCUUCUGGUGGAAAGGUUUCUUUGUUCAACAUGAUGACAUUUAAGGUCAUGACGACUUUCAUGUCACCAUCUCCUGCAGCAACCUUUCUGGCAUUCCAUCCACAAGAUAAUAAUAUCAUUGCCAUAGGGAUGGAAGAUUCUACCAUUCAAAUUUACAAUGUCCGGAUUGAUGAGGUUAAGAUCAAGCUUAAGGGUCACCAGAAGAGAAUCACAGGCCUUGCAUUCUCCCAGUCCUUGAAUGUGCUGGUUUCUUCAGGCGCUGAUGCACAUCUAUGCGUGUGGAGCAUCGAUGGGUGGGAGAAGAAGAAAUCAAGGUUUAUACAAGCACCGGCAGGUCGCUCGUCUCCUCUAGUUGGGGAAACAAAAGUUCAGUUCCAUAAUGAUCUAGUGCACCUGUUAGUGGUCCAUGAAAGCCAACUUGCUGUCUACGAUAGCAAACUCGAGUGCUUGCGUUUGUGGUCUCCGAGAGACGCUCUCUCGGCACCCAUCACAAGCGCUAUCUAUUCAUGUGAUGGUCUGCUGGUAUACACUGGGUUCUGUGAUGGUGCAGUUGGAGUCUUUGAUGCAGACAGCUUGAGGCUUCGAUGUCGGAUAGCACCCUCUGCUUAUAUACCAUCUUCUGUUGCUAGCAACAGCAAUGCCCACCCGUUGGUGAUUGCAGCUCACCCAUCUGAGCCCAACCAGAUUGCCCUGGGCAUGAGCGAUGGUUCAGUAUAUGUCAUCGAACCAUCAGACGGAGAACUAAAGUGGGGGGGCCCUCCCCCUCCAGAGAUUGGGACACCUCCUUCAAAUCCCGCAUUGAGUAACCAAGCAUCAGAACCCCAUCCGAGGUGAUUUUGAAGGAACCAUGACCUGGAAAGAAGUCAAGUGACCGGCCCUCUCAAGCCUUGCAGAGGCGGUUGCUUUUUUCAUCUGACGCCAUGCAGUGGAGGGCCAUCAUAUAUAAUAACAAUAAUAAUGAUAAUAUAUGAUACAUAUUCCUGUUGUAAAGUUUUUCUUUUUUUCUCCUUACAGGGCAGGCUGAGAUCAAAUUUUCUUGUGUAUGACAUCACCUUCAGAUAUAUAAAAUGUUUUGCGUAGAGGGGUAAGAGGCGGUCCUCCCCCUCUUUUCCUUUAA